AUGGCGACGUGGGCUCAGGGCGAGUCCGUGAGCGUCGAGCUGCCGGCCGGCGAGCGCUGGAAGCCGGAGCACUUGGACAUGUCCAUGGGGUCCAUGCACAUCUCGCAAGACUCCUUCCACGAGACGCCCCGCGAGCACGCCGUGCCCCUGGCGGACAUCAAGGUCUUCCGCCCCAAGCUCUUCGCUGAAGACGACGAGCAGGCCCUGCGGGACCGCGCCGACGCCUGCGGCAAGCGCGCCGCGGACGCGCGCGUCGACGCCGAGGCCGAGUCCGAGGACCGCGACGCCGCGCGCCUGCACCGGCGGCGCGCGCGCGUCGCCGCCCACGACGCUUUGGAGUGCGAGGCCGAGGCCCAGGCGUCGCGGCGCAUCAGCGUGCAGUCGGCGCUCAUGCUCGAGCGGGCGAAGCAGGCCGUGGAGGCGACGCGGAGGCACUGCACGCUCGUCGCGCGCGCGGCCGUCUGCGACGCGGCCGCCGCGGAGGCGCGCGCGAAGCUGCUCGACGACCGCGACGCGGCGGCGGCGGCCGCGCCGCCGGCCGCGCCGCCGCCGGCGCCGCCGACGCUCGCCGCCGCGCGGUUGGAGAAGACGUUGAAGGAGCUCGAGGCCCACGCGCGCCUCGAGGAGCUCGACGGCCGCGAGUCCGCGGACGCCGCGCGCGCGACGCGGGAGGCCGCGCUCUGGCGCCAGGAGGCCGAGCUCGCGCGGGCCGAGGCGCGCGCCGCGAACGCGCGCCUCAAGGCCUUCCUCGAGGAGGGCGGCGACGACGCGGCGUCCGUGCGGUCGGGGCGCUCGGGGAGCGAGCCGCCCGCGGCGGACCCGGGGCUGCAGUACAAGCUCGAGGCCGCGCACGAGGAGAUCGCGAUCCUCAAGCAGCGCGCGGAGGACGCGCGCGCGGAGGCCGAGGGCUACAAGCGCCAGCACCGCCAGGCCGAGGCGUCGGCCCAGGUCUACUGCUCCCUCGCGCCGAUGAUGUGCAGCGGGCCCUCCUUCGCCUGCGUGGGCAUCGACGACGAGGACGCUUCCGUGCCCCUCGACGCGUCGGCCGCCGACGGCGACGCGAGGACACGGGCCGUGCGCGUGAAGGGCCUGAGCUGGCGCGACGCCGACUACUAG